AUGAAGCUUUUCUCAAAUCCAUUGGUAUGGGUUUCGUGUUCGAUGGUCGUGCUGGGAAUGGCCGAUACCAUUGACAUGCGCUCCAACCCCCACUCCACCCAGCCCCUCAAGGAGGGCCACUGCCACGCCGACGGCACCGAGUGCCACGAGGGCAUGGAGAACCACAUUAAACAAGAAUACCAAGCCGGCAAAGAAGACGGAAGGCGCUUUGGUGCUGAGGUCAAACAAAACGUCCGAGAUGCCACUGGAUCCCUCCGAGACAAGGCCGAAUCCAUGAAGGACGGAGCACAAGAUAAACUCCACCAGGCCAAGGAAACCGCUGAAAGCUACAAGGACCAAGCCGAGGACAAGUACGAGGAGUACAAGGACUGGGCUGGUGAGAAGCUGGAAGAUGCCAAGGACACCGCUCGUGAAUACAAGAACAAGGCCGGAGACAAGGUGGAAGAAGUCAAGGACAAGGCCGGAAGGAAGUUGAGCGAUGCCAAGGACACCGCCCGCGAGUACAAAGAUAAGGCCGGAGACAAGAUGGAAGAAGUGAAAGACAAGGCCGGAAGGAAGUUGAGCGAUGCCAAAGACACCGCCCGCGAAUACAAGGAUGAAGCCGGUGAGAAGAUGGAAGAAGUCAAGGACAAGGCCGGAAGGAAAUUGAGCGACGCCAAGGAAACCGCCGAAGACAAAGCCUCGGAAGCCAAGAGCUGGGCCGGACAGAAGCUGGAACAGGCCAAAGAAUUUGCUAAGGAAUACUUUGACUGGGCCGGGGAGAAAAUUGACGACGCUAAAGAAACCGCCGGUGAAUACAAGGACGAGGCCAAGAGGAAGUUGAGCGAUGCCAGCGACUCCGCCAAAGAAACCGCUGAGGAAUACAAGGACAUGGCCAAGGAUAAGGCUGAGGAUGCUAAAGACUCGGCCAAGGACCUCAAGCACAAAGCGGAGAGGCGCCUGAGCGAUGCCAAGGACAAGAUCAAGGACAAGGCCGAAGACGCCAAAGAAUGGGCCGAGGACAAGCUUCACGACGCGAAAGAGCAAGGCAAGCACACGAUUGAGUGGGCCGGAGGCACUAUCCAGACCGCUAAUGACCGUGCCCGUUACGCUGCUGACAAGGUCGGCGACAAGCUCGAGGACGCUAAAGAGGCCACUAAGGAGAAGGCUGAAGAUGCGAAGGAAUGGACUAAAGAAACCGCUGAAGAGUACAAAGACUGGGCCGGAGAGAAAUUGGAAGACGCUAAAGAAAAAGCCAAGGAAUACGCUCAGUGGGCUGGCGAGAAGCUGGUUGAUGCCAAAGAUGUCGUCACCGAAUGGGCUGCGGACAAGUUGGAAGACGCUAAAGAAGUGUCCCAGGAAAAAGCCGGAGAAUACAAGGAAUGGGCCGGCGAGAAGCUUGGAGUUGCUAAAGACGUGGCCAAGGAAAAGGCCGGCGAAUACAAAGAAUGGGCUGGCGAGAAGCUCGAAGAUGCUAAAGAAGUCGCCAAGGACAAGGCCGGCGAAUACAAGGAAUGGGCCGGCGAAAAGUUGGAGGAUGCCAAGGAAAUAGCACUAGAAAAGGCGUACAUCGCUAAAGAGUGGGCCGGCGAGAAGCUCCAAGAUCUGAAACAAGCGUCGCUCGAUAAGGCCGAGGAGUACAAGGAAUGGGGAGGCGAGAAGUUGGAGGAUGCUAAAGAAGUCGCCAUGGAAAAGGCGUACCAGACCAAGAAAUGGGCUGGCGAGAAGAUGGAAGAGGUCAAGGAAACGGCCGGCCGGAAAUUGAGCGAUGCCAGUGACGUUGCUAAAGAAAAAGCCUACGAAGCCAAAGACUGGGCCGGCGAGAAGAUGGUCGAAGCCAAAGACGCUGCUGGCCGGAAGUUGAGCGAUGCCGCCGAAGCCGCAAAAGACAAAGCCUAUGAAGCCAAAGAUUGGGCUGGCGAGAAGCUGGAAGGCGCCAAGGACGCGGCCAGCCAGAAGCUGAGCGACGCCAAGGAAGCCACCAAAGAGAAAGCGUAUGAAGCCAAGGAAGCCGCUAGCCGGAAGUUGAGUGAUGCUGCUGAAGCCACCAAGGAAAAAGCCUAUGAAGCCAAAGAUUGGGCCGGUGAGAAGCUUGAAGAUGCUAAGGAAACUGCCAAGGACAAGGCCUAUCAAGCCAAGGAUGCGGCGAGCCGGAAGUUGAGCGAUGCGGCUGAAGCCACCAAGGACAAAGCUUAUGAAGCCAAGGACUGGGCUGGUGAGAAGCUGGAAGACGCCAAGGACACGGCUAGCCAAAAAUUGGGACAGGCUAAGGAUGCCGUCAAGGAUAAGGCUUAUGAAGCCAAGGACAAAGCCUAUGAAGCCAAGGACGCAGCUGCCAGGAAAUUGAGCGGUGCGAAAGACGCCGCGAAGGACAAGGCUUAUGAAGCCAAGGAUUGGGCGGAGGAGAAGGUCGACGAUGUCAAGGACAUGAAAGACAAGGCCGGAAGGAAGUUGAGCGAUGCCAAGGAUGCCGCGAAAGACAAAGCCUACGAAGCCAAAGACUGGGCGGAGGAGAAGGUCGACGAUGUCAAAGACAUGAAAAACAAGGCCGGCAGGAAGUUGAGCGAUGCCAAAGAUGCUGCCAAGGACAAGGUUUAUGAAGCCAAGGACUGGGCUGACGAGAAGCUUGAUGACGCCAAGGACAUGAAAGACAAGGCCGGAAGGAAGCUGAGCGAUGCCACCGACGCCGCCAAAGACAAGGCUUAUGAAGCCAAGGACUGGGCGGAGGAGAAAGUCGACGAUGCCAAGGACAUGAAAAACAAGGCCGGAAGGAAGUUGAGCGAUGCCAAGGAAUCCGUCAAAGAUACGGCCAACCGGGCUGGAGACAAGUUGUACGAGGCCAAGGACGCCGCCAAGGAUACCUUGAACAAGGCUGGAGAUAAGGUCCACGACGCCAAAGAAACCGCCAAGGAUUAUGCCAACCGCGCUGGAGACAGGCUGAACCGUGCUAAUGAAAACGCCAAAGAAUGGGCCACGGAGAAGAAGAAUGAUGCUGAAGGAACCGCACAAGAAAUGGACGUUUGCACCGAUGAGACGUGCGACCAGGGCGAGGAGUUCGUGAGGAUUGUGACUGACGAUGCCAAAUACCGCGCCGAUCACGGUGACGAACAGGGCAGGAAGCGCUCUGAUAGCCUUGGAGAGACCAUUUCGGACAAGGUGUUGACGGGAGUUCACGUCGUCGGACAUGCUCUAGGAUCAAUGGCACAUGCCGUUGGUGGACUGCUAGGAAGUGUCGGCGGUGUGAUGAAGGACACGAUCGAGGACACAGGUGUGGCCGCAGCCGAGGGCACAGACAAUGUCGGCGAGGGUCUUCUGAAUGCUAGUGAUGCUGCAGCCAAGAAAGCUCAGGAUGCUGGCGAUGCGGUUGCUGAUAAGAUGAAGGAGGCGAAGGAGAGCAUGGAAGACACCGCUUCGUACGCUGCCGGACGCGCCGGAGACUACGCCGGUUCCCUCAAUGAGGGCGCCAAGGAGAAGGCACAAAAUCUGGCCGACGGCGCAAAGCGAGCUGGCGAGAAUAUUGCCCACGGAGCCUCUGUCGUCGGAGGCGCUGUUUAUGACGCGGGCGAGGCCGUAGUCGACGGCGCCAAGACGUACGCGCAAAAGGCGGCGGAAGGAGUCGCAAAUCUGGGAGAUAAAGCCGCCUAUGGCGCCGGGUUCACGGCCGGCACCGGCGAGAAGGUCGGCGAGGGCUUCUGGGGCCAAGAUAAGGAUGUCGACGAGCAACGCGGGUACACAUUUGAGGAAGCGGUCAAGGCUCCCGAAGACCUG